GGCUGGGACGGACGUUUCAGCCCCCCCUUCCCCUCCCCCCUUUCUUGGCCACACAAAUCUUCAAGAAAAUCUGUUAGAAUAUACCUUAGGUCGCCAGCUGAGAUAAUGUAAUGCUUCAGGGGCGUACGCAAAGAGGGAGCUCCGCACUGACACGAUUUAUAUGAGCCUUGAGUGACGAUUGCUCGCUGCUAGCUAACUGGCCAAGCUAGCCUUAGCUGAUCCGUCGCAAACUCCCCUCACUUUUCGUCGGUGUAAGUGAACCUCUCCGGUGUGAACUGCGGCCAGUCACUGGUGCAGCUUCCGUUGCUGUCAACCGGUAUUUCGGCAAUUUGGUUUUAAGAGGGAAAGAAUGGGGGCAUUCCUGGACAAACCAAAGAUGGAAAAAUACAAUUCCCAUGGUGAGGGUAAUCACCUGAUGUAUGGGCUAAGCAGCAUGCAGGGUUGGCGGGUAGAGAUGGAAGAUGCACACACAGCAGUAAUUGGUUUGCCUCAUGGUCUCGACCUUUGGUCGUUCUUUGCUGUUUAUGAUGGGCAUGCUGGCUCUCAGGUGGCCAAGUACUGCUGUGAGCACCUGCUGGAGCACAUCACCAGCAACUCAGACUUCCAGAGUGCUCUGCAGGAGGAUGCCUCUGUGGAUAGCGUGAAGAAAGGGAUCCGCACAGGGUUCCUGCAGAUUGAUGAACACAUGCGAACCAUCUCUGAGAAGAAGCACGGUGUGGACCGUAGUGGCUCCACUGCAGUGGGAGUGAUGAUUUCACCAAGCCAUGUCUACUUUAUUAACUGUGGCGACUCACGAGGACUCCUCAGCCGGGGCUCAGCUGUCCACUUCUUCACACAGGAUCAUAAACCCAGCAACCCUCUGGAGAAGGAAAGGAUCCAAAAUGCCGGUGGCUCAGUUAUGAUCCAGCGAGUUAAUGGGUCCCUAGCUGUGUCCCGGGCUCUGGGAGACUUCGACUACAAGUGUGUGCAUGGAAAAGGUCCGACAGAGCAGCUUGUCUCUCCUGAGCCUGAAGUUUAUGCAAUAGAGAGAAGCGAGGCAGAAGAUGAAUUCAUUAUACUAGCUUGUGAUGGCAUCUGGGAUGUCAUGGCGAAUGAAGAACUAUGUGACUUUGUCAGGUCAAGGCUAGAGGUGACAGAUGAUCUUGAAAGAGUCAGCAAUGAAAUUGUUGACACCUGCUUGUACAAGGGAAGCCGGGACAAUAUGAGUGUUGUGUUAAUCUGCUUUCCUGGGGCCCCAAAGGUAUCUCCAGAAGCAGUGAAACGGGAGGCUGAGCUGGAUAAAUAUCUGGAGGCCAGAGUAGAAGAGAUCAUCAAAAAGCAGGGUGAUGAAGGUGUCCCAGAUUUGGUCCAUGUAAUGCGGACGUUAGCAUCUGAGAGCAUCCCUAACCUCCCUCCUGGUGGAGAGCUGGCAAGCAAACGAAGUGUUAUUGAAGCGGUGUACAACAAGCUUAACCCCUAUCGAAGUGAUGACACAGACUCUGCGUCCACAGACGACAUGUGGUAACACAACCUCCUACCACUAACACAGCAUAGAGUUUACAAACCACCAUCCUCUCAAGACCCACAGCAGCUCAGCUCAGCAGUCUGUCUCUCCGUCACUCUGAGCUUUUGGUUUCUAAGAAGGGAAUUUCAUGGGAGGAGGAGAAGGAGGAGGAGGAGGAGGAAGAGGAGUUGCAUGCACACAAACCUGGAAUAGUGCAGCACCAGUCCACUCUGGAGUUCAGGAUCCCCACUGUCUUGUCUCCCCUUUUUGUUCACCCACCUUAAUACUCUCCUCUAAAGUAAUCCAUAACAAGUGAGUCCACAAGUUUUUCUUUCUUUUUUUUUUUUGUUAAAUAAUCCGCUUAAGUAGUAAAAUUUUUUGCUGUAAUUAAUUUGAUUCACAUUUCCUUGUGUGUGUUUGUAUAUUUCUGUUUUUGUGAAGUGCAAUUGUCCUGUACAAACAGCCUGUAUUUAAUGCAGCUUGAUUUUAAGUUAAAAAAUGAAAGAAAUGAAAAAGAGAACCUUUUUAUGCACUAUCUGCCUUUUCCUGCUCUUCUGGAAUUCUAACAAAUGUCUAUUCAGUGAAUAUUACUGCUUGUCCUCCAGGCACAAUGUCUCUCGCUUUUACUUUUCUUUAGUUUUUUUUUUUUUCUUCAGUUAGUCUAUGCUCCUUUUUAAAAAACGGGUAAAUUGUAUAGUUGACAGCACAGUAAGCUCUCUAUAUCAAACCAUUUAAAUCCUAAUUAUUUUUUCCCUGUGCUUUUUUUUAUUGUAUUUUAUUUUUGUAUGUGGUUUUCUGUACAUGCUCAAAUAAUAAUGGCAAAGUGUUUUUCAGUCAUUUUUGGACGUGUGAAGUGAAAAAGCUUUAUUUUUUUCAUUUCUUCGAGGCAUCUGAUGAAAAAAAGACCCCUGUUUAACACGUUUGUCAGUGCAGAUAGAUACUUGCAAGCGUGCGUGGGUGCUUGUGUGUAUGUGUGUGCGCACGUGUGGUAGUUUUAAAGGCAGAUUUGUAUGUGCAACUGUUAAUUUAAAUUUGCUCAAGGUGGUUCAGACAGCAGACCAGGCUGGAGUUUAAGGGAAUCGCUAUCCCAAUGCUUACCCCAUUGACCGGCCUUCUAAGCUGGUGUCUCAUAUUGACCCAACACAGGCUUUCACUACUUCUUAUUCCAGAAGCUUUGGAUAACAGAGUUUACAUGCUGUUACGCUAUUUGAACAACUUCAAGCCAGAACUAUACUGCAACCUGAGAUGACACAAGUAGUUCAAUUUACCCACGUGUACAAUGAUUUGCCACUAGUCAGGUCUUGGCUAGUUUACACAUCUACUGUGUCAUAUUUAAAUUUCAGUUUCUACACAUUAAUUGUUACCAGUGCCCACUGUGGGUGCCAUAUGAUUUUAUGAUCACUUGUUUCAGCUUUAUGACAGCCUAUGCCAAGUUUUUUUUUUUUUUUUUUUCAUGAGAUUCAGUUUUUGUAUGUGGUACAGAUACUAUUUUAUCUUCUACCUUUUAACAUGAUCUGGUAAUUUGACUGAUAUAAAUAGCUUAAGCACUGACUAUUUUAGAGAAAAUCACCCAUUACUAUUCUGAUGAUCUGAGGAUAAACUGUUGACUCUAAAACCUUACAGGCUAUUGUUUUCUUUGUUUGUUUUUUCCUCUUUUUUAUUUUUAUUUUUUACAUCGUCUUUAUUUGGACAUUCAAACUAAGAACAAAUCGGCUAACUGCAGUGAGUUCUCAUGGUUGUAUAGCACCUUUUUAUUCCCAUCGGGUUUUCUCUGCUCAACAACCCCCUCCCCCCCUCACGGCACCACAAGCCAGAGCACAAUACGGUUUGCUGCUAUAGUGUUUGAUUCCUGAGUUGAUUUUCAGUAAAAAAAAAAAAUCCCCUCUAAAAAGAUGAAUAGUCACUGACUAAUCUGUAUUUACCACACACAAUAGAUUUAUUUCUUGAAGAGAAAUGGUUUUAUUUCAGAUUUAUUUUCUGCCUUUUUUGCCUAAAAUUGCAUUGUUGGAAAUUUAUGUAUGUAUAUAUUUUUGACUUAAACUCUCAAGGAAUAAAUCAUGUUGCUUGAGUUAGUUUUUUGCCAUGGACAGAAUGUGAUUCUGCUUUGUCUUGGGAUGGUUAGUUAAAUAUUUAGGAAAAGGUUUCUCUCUUCUAUCUCUUGGGGUUUUCUCUGAUCUUGAUCUUGGUAAUAAUAUACUAAAAAUGUAAUUCUUCAUUUAUCAAAAUGACAAUCCUAACUAUGUCACCACAUUUGGGUUUGUGGUGGGUGUGGUGAUGAAAUGUUAAACAGAACACAGAUUUUAACUUUCACUAGAAUCCUAAAUGAGCUGCUCUCUAAUAUGCUUUAGUGACAAAAGGCCAAAGACCACCCAGAUUUUGUAAGUGUAAAGCUUAUAUUAAAAAAAUGAUUAAUAUAAAAAGAGAGGAAGUAUCUGUAACCAGGUGGAAGAUGUUGAAGUGUUAAGAUGUUAGAGAGUCAUGUUAAAUUUAAAGGUACCCUGUGGAGUUUUUGACCACCAGUGGUGCUGUAGAGAAAUGUUUUUUGAUGAGCGGGUCCUUGCUUUACUCACAAGGAUGAAUGUACAGGACACAAACAUGGGUGACGUAAUGUGCACUUCUGACUGUAGAGGGCAGUAAUGUGCAUACGAACGGUUGUGGCAAAUUGCCAAUGCGCUAAAAAAAGAAGAUAACUGCAGGUUGAUGUAAAAGGUGCAGGUUUCAUGAGACGUGGAACCGCCUUGAAAAUGUUUAAACCUCAAAGGUAUAAAAAAACUUUUUGAAAGAUUUAGCAUGUCAACUAAAUUGCGAGUUUAUAGUGGAAACUCCAUGUGGUACCUAAGCAGAUAAUGUCAUCUCUACUAAAAACGCCAUUAGCAGCACAAUCAUAAUAAAUCAAAUUUCCUGUUUAAAGUGGUGGCUCACUAAAGCAAAACAUAUAUCCAUGAAACAGAAAACAUUUAUUUUUGUGGGUGUUUGUGUAGUUCACUAAAUUUUCCUUUUUUCAGAAACAAAAAACAAAACAGCAACAAAAAACCAACAGUUGCCACAUCUGAAUUCUCCUGCUCCUUUUUUUCUCUUAUGUUUUUUGAUGUUAGAAUACAGUUGUGUAUUUCUACCACGAUACUUACCAAUACUUAUACACUGACUAUACUUACAUCAUGUAAAAAAAACCCAACUCAUUCAUUAUUGUUAACAGAUGAUUGGAGGAAACUUAUUGGGUUGUAUGGAAAUGCCUUUUUUAUGUAGAGAUGCAGUUUUUAUUGCAUCUGGAAGCUGUUUGACUUUUUUGCGCUGCAUUGCUUUUAUUUUUUUAAGCCAGUGUGCUAAAUGUCUCUUGACUAGUUUUCAGCACCCUUUGUUGCUUGUCUGUUUGUUGCAGACCUGGUAGGUUUUGAUAACUCUGAAAGCAACAUUUUUUAAGCUCAAUAAGGAACAAACAUAUAUUUCUUUGCCACUUGGGGCCAUCGCCUAAUCUCCCAAUCUCCCCCGCCCCCAUGGACUAUCCUGCACUUGCCCCUUAAAAUCUACUUCUUUUUUUUUUUUAGAGUGUGGCCCUUAGAUGAUGCUGGUUAAAAAAAUGCAACUCAUUCCACAGAAUGAACAUAAAUGUAGAAAUAAACUUUCUUAAUUAUUCAGAAUUGCUGUAGUUGGAAUGUUAGCAGAUAUUUACAGUGGCUUGGCUGUGAUUUGUAAGGGUGUUUUUAUUUCAGUGAAGUUUCCAUCGCAUCCCUUUUUACUCCCACAGCCCCAACAAAAAAAAAAGAACAAAACAAACAAAAAAAAAAAAAGAUCCCAACAUCCUCUCUCUCCUUGUUUUGAUUUUUCAUGAAACUAAAAUACCUCAUAACAUUUAUAGGAAGUGUUUUGUCUUGUGUUCUGUAGAUCCAAACUGUUCAGAAAGCAGUUCACGUGUGCAGACUAAUGAGAGCAGUUUUCUUGUGCCCCCCCCCCCCCCCCCCCUUAGAACUUGUGAUUUGAACACACUAUGGAGUGGGAUAAGCCUGUGCUCAUGUAUAGUAUUUGACUGAAUUGUAAUAAUGUUAACAAAAACAAGUAACAAUUUUAAGUGGCUACUGCGAAUGACGACUUAUUUUAGUAUCUAGGAACACUAUUGGCCUUGUUGUAUAAGCUGAUGCCCCCUUAAAAACCCCUCAAACGCUCACCUGUGUAAUUUCACCGACAUGUCCACUUGUGUGAUGCUCACUUAGCUUACAAAAAAAAACAAAAAACAAAAAAAACAUCUAGAAUUGUAUCAAGAGUUCAGGGUUUUAGAAAUGUGAGAUGUGUGAGAAAAUAGGUGUGACUAAAUGACAAUAGUCAUAUGCACUGAUCAUCUGUAUAAUCAGCUUUUCUCAGAAAAUGUUAUUGUAGAGAAAAAAAAAAGUUUAAAGCUAUUUACAGAGUUAUGUUUGGUUGCCUGGAAUGCAUCCUGUAUAUUCUUGUACAGAGGAUUACCUGGCAGAAGUUGAAGAGAUUUUAAUUGCUUGCGCCCUCUUGUACAUAUUGAUGUACAUCGGUUGUGGCGUUUACUGUGUGACCCUCAGCAGUGGUGGUUUAUUUGCCCCCUGCGACCUGAGCCUCACUUCGCUGACCUUUUUCAGCUCAUAAAUAAGCUCACCGAUUUGCCUUACCCAAUCUCAUGUUGCCCCCUAAAGUACUUGUUCAACAAAACACUAUGAGGAAGAGUAAUGCUGCUGACAUUACACUCUUUAUAGAUUGAAAAACUGUCUCCAUGUUAGGGUACUUACACUAUCAACAAAGUGACUCUGUCCUGGUUGUCACAAGGUACAACUUUUCAACCAUCACUGGUUUGUAUGCUAUUUCCUCCCCAUGAUACCUGUUUUGAAUCUCAGUCUUGAAAGCUUAUUUAAUUUUUCACUGCAGAUGAUGUCAUACUUUUAACAAAUGCAAGUGUUUUAACAUGGUAACCUCGUAAGCAUUCAAAAAUGUGCAUACAUACAUUCAUGUCUGCUAUAUUUAUGAUUACAUUCAAGAAUAGCUUUAGAGUGCUGUAGAUAAGUAUUGUCAAUGUUGAUUCAAAUGCUUCUCAGAGGCCUCUGUGAGUUAUUUUACAAAGUUCAAUAACUGUAUAUUUUGUAUUAUGUUCUAGCUCCAAAGGAAUGGCAGAAAAAAAAGAAAAUGUUGAAAAAAGCUUUGUUCCCUGAACUAAAUUGUACUAUUUGUGUUGUCGAUUGAACAAAUUGCAUUCCUUGCUUGUGAAUUGAUGCAUUUCUCUCCCUGCUCCUUAAAUCUUCUCCCCUCCUUUCCCUCCUUUCUUUCAUUUUUUUAGCCUUUGAAGUUUGAAUAAAAUUUCUAGUUUGCAGAAUGUAUUACUAAAUAAAUGGGUUGUCAUCUUGUA